AUGCCGUCCAAGGUCGCCAUGCCCAUUGAGCCACCGGCCCUCGUCGCCGUCACCGGCGCCAACGGCUUCAUCGCCCAGCACUGCAUCGCCGCGCUCCUCCGCGCCGGCUACCGCGUCGUCGGCACCGUUCGCUCCGCCGCCAAGACGCACGCCGUGCGCGCCGCCCACGCCGCCCACCCCAAGCUCUCCGUCGUCGUCGUCGACGACAUCACCGACCCGGCGCGCUACCGGGCCGCCCUCGGGCCGCUCGCACCCGCCGCCAUCCUCCACCUCGCCGCGCCCUUUCACUACGACGCAACCGACUUUGAGGCGGAGCUGAUGGUGCCCGCCGUGCGCGGGUCGACCGCCGUCUUGGAAGCGUGUUGCGGUGGUGGUGCGCUGGCGGGGUCGGUGAGACGCGUGGUGCAUACGAACAGCUUCGCGUGCAUCUACGACGCGGCCGCGGGGCCGAGCCCGGGGAGGACGUACACGGCGGGCGACUGGAGCCCGCUGACGUACCAGGACGGCGUGGACGCGGCGGACGCGCCGACGGCGUACCGCGCGAGCAAGACGGCCGCGGAGCGCGCCGCCUGGCGCUUCCUCGAGGAGCGCGACCCGGCCGGCUUCGACAUGGUCAGCCUGUGCCCGGCCAUGGUCUUUGGUCCGUUCCUGCCCGGCGCGCGGCCCGCGACGCUCGCCGAGGUGAAUACGAGCAACGCAAUGGUGUGGCGGGUGGUGAGCGCGGGCCGGGAGAGCGCGGUGCCGCCGACGCGCGGGCCCGUGUGGGUGGACGUGCGGGACGUGGCGGACGCGCAUGUUCGGGCGCUGCGCGUGCCGGAGGCGGGGGGCGGGCGUUUUCUGCUCGCGCAGGGCGUGUAUUGUAAUCAGGAGCUGGCGGACGUGGCAAGGGAGGUGGUGACGGCGGGAGGAGGGAGGAAUAGGAUCCCGGUGGGGGAGCCGGGGCGGAGGGAGGCGGAGACGCACUUUGGUGUUGAUGCGGGCGAGACGGAGCGCGUGCUGGGGAUGGGGUGGCGCGGGCUGGAUGAGUGUUUGAGGGGCUUGGUGCCGCAGCUGUUUGAGAUUGAGGAGGACGAGAAGAAGAAGAAGCAGGGAGGAGAGUAA